UGGUUCGGAGAAGAAAACGACAAAAUGAAAUAAAAGAAAAAGAAGGAGGGAACAUGGCUGAUUUUGAUGAUUUUGGUUUAUUGGCGCAAAUGGCUCGACGGGAGUUAAUCCAUCUGCUAGAAUCAAUGCCUGAAGUAAAAGAUUUGGCAGUUGAGCCAAGUUUGAUGCGUCCGUUGGACAAAAUUGCAUCGAUGUCCGUACUGCAAGCACAUAACUGUGCUCACGUGCAACAGUUCCUACAUCAUUCAAGUUUGACGUGGAGUGAGAAUGCACUACGCCGUGUAUAUAUUAUACGUCCCACGUUAGCUGCAACAAAACGUAUUGCCGAGCAUAUUUUAGCCGAAUCAGAACGAAACUAUUCAGUGAUAUUCGUUCCACAACGAUUAUAUAUUUGUGAGCAAGAAUUCGAACGUUGUGGAGUUUUUGGUAUGGUUGACGUACUAGAGCUAGAAUUACCACUUAUCAGCAUCGAUACGCAUUUAUUCAGCUUAGAACAUCAUGAAUUUACAAUGGCCACUUUAGUGGAUCAUACCUUCAUUCAUCUUCGUGCUGUUGCUAAAUCACUAUGGCAAUUGCAGACACUUUACGGAUUGAUACCGAUCGUUUAUGGUGUUGGAGAAAAUAGUGUGCAUGUGAAUAAACUGAUGAAGAAAUUGCACACUGAACUAGGUGAACCAUGUUCAUCACCUGAUCAACCCAUUGGUCAUCUAUUUCUCUUCGAUCGAAGUUUAGAUUUAACAACUGUUUUUCUUACGGGUUUAACAUACGAAUCAAUGGUACAUGAUACUUUCGGAAUAAGUUGUGGCAAAGUAGUAUUUGGGGAAGAAGUAAACAAGCGUAUGAAAAGUGGUAGUACGAAUCGUUCCAAAAUUACCACUUUGGAUAACAACGAUCCUAUUUUUUCAGCUGUACGAAAUAUGCAUAUGACUGCAGUUUUUCCAUUCCUAAGUGCUAAAGCAAAGUCUCUCCAAGCAAGGUACGACAAAGGUUCUAGUCUAGAACAAGUAAAAGAUAUGAAAGAAUUCGUUUCCAAUGAAUUACGGACGCUUAAACAGCAACACAAAUUAUUGGAAUUGCAUAUUUGCGCCUGUGAAGUGGUUCUGGAAAAAUGUAAGGGGAUCUCGGAUCGACUUACUCUGGAACAUGCCUUGAUUUCAAAAAAUUUUGAUCCCAAUGAGGUGAUGGCUUAUCUAGAAGAUUGUAUGUGUACCCAACGCGAUCAGUGGCAAAUUCUCUUGCUGGCAUGUUUGUGGUCCCUUACCCAAAACGGUAUUCCGACCAAAUAUUUUGUUCAAUUCCGGAAUCAGUAUUUGUAUGCUUUUGGCCAUGAAAACCUUGCAGUACUACAUUUCCUUGGUAUCCAGGGUCUCUUAAUAGAGCGUUCUACUCCGCAACUGCCAACUGUACAUACCGUUAUUCCCUUGAAACCUCAUACAGUUUCAUCCUUUUCUAAGCCUACAUUCCAAUUUUUGGCACGGCGCAUGACUCUUCUUCCCGGAGAUACCGAAUCACCGAUGGAUCUCCGAAAUCCGGACCAAAUGCGUUAUGUUUUCUCGGGUGUCUAUACACCCAUCCUGUGCAAAAUAGUCGGCGAUACUUUAAACAAUGGAUGGAAUAUGCAAGAAAUGAAAGCAACUUUUGGCGAUUCAGUCUUCUGCGAUCAAAAUUCGUACACUCGUGCAAGUCGGCCACCUGAUAGUCGUAUCCGGAAAGCAAUUUUGGUUUAUUUUAUUGGUGGUGUAACAUAUUCGGAGAUUGCUGCACUAACUUUGCUUGCACAAUACAAUAAUUUGCGUAUUAUUAUCGCUGCAACAAACAUCAUUCAUCGUGAAAAAUUCAUUAAAGAAAUCGCUAAUGUUUCUGUCACACCUUGCUGA